ACCCGUCUAUGAAAUCUUCUAUGAAUGGAAACGGAGGACAAUAAACCCUUUGGUCGGGUGAACUCGGCAAUUCUGCGAGCAUAAGUAAAUCUCUGGUUCUCAGAUCUCGAAGCUCUGAGGUUUCUCCAUCUGCGACAAGGCAGGUUUUCUAUUGCUUCUUUCGAAGUGCUUGGCACUCUUUCCACAACAAGAAGAAUUAUGAACUCAAGAAGGGACUAUCGCAGCAGCAGGGCUGCAUUGUUUGAUGGCAUCGAAGAAGGUGGAAUCAGAGCAUCAUCCUACUCUUCCAAUGAGAUUGACGAGCAUGACAAUGAUAGGGCUGUGGAUGGACUGCAAGAUAGGGUUAAUAUUCUGAAGAGGCUGACAGGUGAUGUUCACGAGGAAGUUGAAAGUCACAAUCGCAUGCUGGAUAGAAUGGGAAAUGAUAUGGAUUCUUCAAGAGGAGUCCUAUCUGGAACCAUGGAUCGCUUCAAGAUGGUGUUUGAAAAUAAAUCAAGCCGCAGGAUGGUCACACUUGUUGCUUCAUUUGUGGUGCUCUUCUUACUUGUAUAUUAUCUUACAAAGUAACUAUCCAUCUAUUACUCCGAUGAAUUAUUCUGUGCGGAUACCAGCCAGGGAGAACCGUCCGGUUCGUCCCCGUGAACAGUAAAAGCACAAUGAACUGCGCUUUUGUUGUUCAUGCUAUGAUUUUGAUGUUCACAGAGACAAAACCAGAUGAUUCUUCCCGUCCAUUAUCCUUACAGAAUAAUCUAUGUUACUCCACAACUUCCCAUAGCUGAAAAAGAUGACUACCUGCAUAUCAUUUCAUGAAUGUUGGAAUAGCUAUAAGACUUUCUUACCUAAUGCACCACCACUAUACUAUAUAAGAUCAUGUUUGCCAUGCAAAGUUGUAUAUGUGUGUGAAGUUUCAGUAUAGUGAGAAGAUUGUUUGGUUUCUCAUAUGGCUAAUUACCAACUUAUUAAGAUAGUAAUAUCUGUGUAAAACUUAGAACAUUGCAUGCCAUAUGAGGUAACACUAUGUGAUUGAAGGAUUAUGUUAUGUAGAUUCAGUUGCAGAUUGAAUAUUUAGAGAGUUAUUUUUAUUA